CGCGUGCUGGCCAUCGUCCAAAGAUUAUGAUCACUUGCUUUCUUCUUUCCCUUUCUUUUUCCUCUUAUCUUACUUUCCUCUUGGCUUGUAUUGUCUGUCGCUCCUUUUGUGUUUGUUUGUUUGUUUGUUUGUUGAGUUGCGAGAGUGGUGCUUGAGGGCAUAUCCUCUUGCGCUUGAGAAUCAGGGGCAAAUUUGUCAACGAAAGCGAUCAAGUCGCGCACGCUCUUUUUGUUUAAACUCUUGUCACUCAUUCCUGCAAAUUUACGCAAAACAAGCUAUUGAAUUGCGCUCAUUACUCUCCUUUAUUUCCCUGGGACAACUCUACUUAUCCUAUCAUGUUGCAACUCUUCUCAAGUCGGGUCCGGCGUCCCAUUUCGCUAGUCGGCAUCGCUUUUGUCUUUAGCACUUUAGCUUUGUACAUUCUUGCACCAUACACUGUCCAGCAUGGAACUUCAGAAACGUUGAAACGACCAUGGACCACAAGUCGCAUUUCCCAACCUCCGAGUAACCAGACUGCCGCCAUCUCUCAGACUACGGAUCGAAAGAUUCACAUUCUUUUACCUGCCACAAGAAGCAACAUCAACUUUUGCAAGACACUCCUUACCAUGAUCCUCUUAGGAUAUCCCAGCCCGACGAUUAUCGCUUGGGCAGACCAAGACCGCGCGAGUGGACUUCUUGGAGGCGGUUCACAUUUUGCCAAAAUUACAAGGACUCUGGAUUACAUUAAUGACCCUAAACGUCGCAACCAGCCCGGCUUCAAUGAGGAGCUCGUCAUGAUGCUCGAUGCAUACGAUAUUUGGUUCCAGCUCCCUCUUGACGUACUCUUGUCUCGCUACAACGCCAUUCUCGAGGACGAUGCCGCACGAGUUUCUCACCGCAUGGGUCGAGCUUAUGCCAUGGAGGGCAUUAAUUCACGGGUCGUCUUUGGAGCAGGUAAACGCUGCGCACCGAAUCUGCUUACCUCCGUGGCCUGCUAUCCGGUCCCGGAAUCACCACUCCCAAACGACCUUUACGGCGGAAACACGGAUACUUUUGUCGGUACCAGCCAAUGGAGCAGCUACCGGACUCGCUAUCUCAACUCGGGAUACAUUAUUGGACCGGUGGGAGAAGUACGUCGCGUGUUAGAGAGAGCUCUGGAGAAACUGGAGGAAUGUCAGAACCGAAAAGGCGCUUCGUUUGAUGACGGAACUGGGGCAUCGGAUGCGUGUUACAAGGGUAGUGAUCAGAGCAUCUUCGUCGAGAUGUUUGGAGAACAAGAGUAUUAUCGCGAAGUCAUGAGGCGGCAUCAUCGCACCCGUGUUGAUGAGGUGCUUGAUAGAGUCGUUCCAGGACGAGCUGGAUCAAGGCCGCCUCCUACGGUUGUCCAGCAAGUCCCUGUGCUUGAUCGUCUGGAACCUGCUUUCACUCAUCAGCAGUACAACAAGACGCAUCUUCCCAACAAGCCGUAUGAAUUCGGCAUUGCUCUGGAUUAUUGGUCUCUACUAGGUCAUCAGACAUCCAACGCUGUCACUGAUGCGCGGUAUAUCCGCCACAGCCUCCCCGUGAAGCAGCAAAUGGGUAAAACAGGGAAAUUCGACUGCGUCCCCAAAACUGAAAUGAUGUCUCUACCAAACGAUCUACCCAGCGACAAGCCUCUCCCAUGGAUGAGAGGAAUGAUGCCGGAUAUGUGGGCGACGAUGCCGCUGUACACGGAGAUUUGCAUCGGCACGGUGCCCGUCAUGAUUCACCACAACUCGGUGGAAAAGUACCAGCGGGAGAGGCAAUGGAGUCAGACGUGGUGGUAUAGGAGAGCGAAGCCGCUGUUUGAGGAGAGGCGCAAGGAGGGCAUCGCGCAGUUGGCGGAGGGCAUUCCGACGGAUCGCGGGACGAUGGAGAAGUGGGAGGUGAUUUGUCCAAAGUUUCUUGAGAAGGAGCUGUUUAGGAAUGAAAAGGGGAAUUAGGGAGAUUGUAUGAAUACGGGAUGGAUGAGGGUAUGUGUUAUGCUUGCAUGAGAGGUGUUUGGGCGUUGUGAUAUGAUUCGUUUCUAGAUAUUCA